AUGGCUUCGCUACGCAGUGCUGCCCCCAGGCUAAGGAGCUACUUCAGGGACAAGUACAUCCCUCAAAUCUGUGAGGCGCUGUUAUGUGGUUUACUUGUGACAUGUCCUGACGACCCACUGAAAUAUUUAGAGCACAUGAUCCUAACUAUCAUUAAAAGAGGUCUGGAGAACCUUCUUUGGGACAUGUGUAUUCAUCCAUCACUGAAACCGAGAGUUCGAAGACUGUCUGAAACUUACUUGGAUGAACUUUUUGGACUGGAUGACCAGCUGGUGACUCCAGAGUUGAUGAUAAAAGCGUGCACAUUUUACACUGGACAUUUAGUAAAGACCCAUUUCAGUGGUUGGAAAGAAGUUGCAAUACCUCGUGCAAAUCAAGAGGCUAUCAUGGCAGAAAAAAUGGACAAAGCAAUAGCGCAUGACAAUUUGAGAUGCCAAAAAUACAUUUUUAAUCGCUGGUUCUCCUACACGGUUAUGAGUAGAGAAAGGCUUAUAACUACACUGCUCCGGUUGCGACAUUUGUUCUAUUUACAAAGACAAAGAAUUAUACUAGCAAAAUGGAAGGAGCGAGCCAGACACAAGAGUAAGACAAGAGAAGACGACUUGAUUACAAAACAUGAACUUCAGUUGAAAAAAUGGAAGGUCAAGCUAAAGUCCAAAACGGAUGAAAAACCGAUUAGCCUCGAGGGAAGCUUCUCUGACAUUGCUGUUGUGGGUGGGCGGAUAGUAUUUGACAUCUCGGUGCUGCCGGAGCAAGCAAUAUGCCAGGUUUUCUUGUACCUCACUUUUAAAGAUAUGAUCACAUGCGGUCAAGUCAGCCGCUCCUGGAUGGCGAUGGUGCAGAGAGGCUCCUUGUGGAAUUCUAUUGAUUUUUCCACUGUUAAAAAUAUUGCCGAUAGAUGUGUGGUGACUACUUUACAAAAGUGGCGUCUAAACGUGCUGCGUUUAAACUUCCGAGGUUGCGUCUUACGAACAAAAACCUUGAAAGCUGUCAGCCACUGUAAAAACCUGCAGGAGUUGAACGUCUCCGACUGCCAGUCUUUCUCAGAUGAAUCCAUGAGACACAUUUCUGAGGGCUGUCCUGGAGUCCUGUAUCUCAAUCUAUCCAACACAACCAUCACCAACAGGACGAUGCGACUCCUGCCCAGGCACUUCCACAACCUGCAGAACCUCAGUCUGGCUUACUGCCGCAAGUUCACCGACAAAGGCUUACAGUACCUGAACCUGGGGAACGGAUGCCACAAGCUCCUCUAUCUGGACCUUUCCGGCUGCACCCAGAUCUCAGUCCAAGGCUUCAGGAACAUUGCCAACAGCUGCACGGGAAUCAUGCACCUGACCAUCAACGACAUGCCAACUCUGACAGACAACUGUGUGAAAGUUUUGGUUGAGAAGUGUCCCCGUAUCUCAUCGGUGAUUUUAAUUGGUUCGCCACACAUCUCUGACUGUGCUUUCAAAGCCCUUUCCUCCUGUGACCUCAAAAAGAUUCGAUUUGAAGGAAACAAAAGGAUUACUGAUGCGUGCUUUAAGUCAGUCGACAGGCACUAUCCAGGUAUCAGUCACAUUUACAUGGUGGACUGCAAGGGGCUGACAGACAGCAGCCUCAAAUCCCUUUCAGUUUUGAAGCAAUUGACAGUGUUGAAUUUGACAAACUGCGUGAGGAUUGGUGAUAUUGGCCUGAAGCAUUUUUUUGAUGGUCCUGCGAGCAUGAAGCUAAGAGAGCUCAAUUUGACUAACUGCUCACUGCUGGGCGAUGUCUCUGUCAUCAGACUGUCAGAGCGCUGCCCUAAUUUACACUACUUGAAUUUACGAAAUUGCGAACAUCUGACUGACUUGGCAAUUGAAUACAUUGCAGGCAUGUUAUCCUUGAUAUCAAUAGAUCUUUCUGGAACACUCAUCUCAAAUGAGGGCAUGACCAUUCUUUCCAGACACAGAAAACUGAGGGAAAUUUCUCUGUCUGAGUGUGUCAACAUCACUGACUUUGGAAUUCGGGCAUACUGCAAAACCUCGCUGGUCCUGGAACACCUGGAUGUCUCCUACUGCACCCAGCUGACAGAUGACAUCAUAAAAACCAUAGCCAUUUUCUGCACCCGAAUUACAUCUCUUAACAUCGCAGGAUGCCCAAAGAUUACCGAUGCAGGGAUGGAGAUAUUAUCUGCAAGGUGCCAUUAUCUGCACAUUUUGGAUAUUUCUGGCUGUAUCCAACUUACAGACCAGAUCCUUCAGGAUCUUCAAAUAGGCUGCAAACAACUCCGGAUCCUCAAGAUGCAAUUCUGCAAGUCCAUCUCUCCGGCGGCGGCUCAGAAAAUGUCCUCUGUGGUCCAGCAUCAGGAAUACAGCUUUGACAACCCUCCACGUUGGUUUGGCUAUGACUCUGACGGCAACCCUCUUGGAGCGGUUCAUACUCGAGUACAGCUUAGAACUUAUUCAGAAAUGAUAGUCAAAGAGUCAUUCAGCAGCGAUGAGGAAGACUCUAAACACUAACAGGAAAACAAAACAUCUAGAACUGAUGAUUUCCCUUCACUCAAUGUAAAUAUUGUGAGGUGCUGCUUCUCAAUAACAAUGCCAAAAACCAGCACGCCUCUGCUUCUUCUUUCAACUGC